AUGACGUAUUUUAACGUGAUGGAAACGGGAGCGCAAGGCGAGGAGUUCCGUAAACUCCCCUUUCGAGAUUUACGAACGAAAUACACGGAACUUUCCGGGUUAGAGUGUCGGUCGAAAAACCGAGAGUGGAUUGUCGGGAAGUGCGUGCAAAUGAAACUGUACGGGACGCACGAUGCUUUAGGGAAGAGAACUUUGAAAGCCGCCGCUGGAAGAGAAGUAAAUUUACGGCUCAUGAACAACGCCAUCGUCAACGAAGAGGGAGAAUCCAUGUACCAUUACAAUCCGAAACACGUGAGUAAAAUCAUCAACAUUCACAACGCAACUGAAGGAGGAGGAGGAGGAGGAGGAGGAGGAGGAGGAAUAUAUUUCGAUGAAGAUUUGCUCUACGGAGACGGAGAAAACUUGAACGAAAACGGGAGGAAAGUGUUGCGGACGUUCUUAUCUCUCGAGCGAAGGAAAGGACAGAACAACGUGACGAGGAAACAGGAGAUGAAAAAGUUACGAGACGCUACUUCGCAUCCGCUGUUGAAGCACGAGAUAUGGACGGUAGGUAAACUAGAGAAGAUAUUAGAGUCCUUCUUAGACGAAGAGUUUAGCGAAGACGAACACAAGAUUGUUAUGAUGCGAGUAGCUAAAGGCGUGGUGACGUUGAAGAAGGAGAAGAUGCAAGAACCCGGACGAAGUGACGGGUUCACGGUAAACAUCGCGCGAACGAUUUGCAGAUUCGCGUUGCGGAUGGCGACAAAGAAACAGUUAAGGAACAAAAACGAGCUGAGUAAGCAAUACUUCAAGUUGUUUAUCGUCGUAUCUGCUUUGGGGAUAGAGAUGUUUUCGGUUCGGGGAGAGGAAGGAGGUGAAGAAGGAGAAGGUGAAGGAGAAGGAGAAGGAGACGACGAGGUGGCUGCGCGGCAACCACCACGGACUACUAGCAGCAGUAGCAGUAGCACUCAAAUAAACGCGUGUGAGUUUGUUUCGAAAUGCGUUCGAGAUGAGCUCGCUCUUUCGCCGGCGCUCGCAAAAUUGCUAUUGAAGCGACCAAAAGGGUUUCGAGAUUCGUUCUACGACGAGCGCGAUAAGAUUUGGCCGGCGAUUUUAUUCGGCAUUUGCGCUUCUGAAGAAGUUUCGAAGGAAAUCCGAGACGAGGCAUGGACUCAGUUCCAGAAAAACGCUCGGUGUUUGAAGGAGGAAGAUUUUUUUGCAUUGAUGACGGAUACUUUCGCGACAAAUGAUAAUACCGAUAGAAACAAUAGCAAAAUUAGGGACGAAGGAUCGAGGCGAUACUUUUUGUACGAGUGCAUUAAAAGUGUGCAGCGGAAGGGUUCUCAAGAAGUAUCCGCGUCGCUUCUUCGAGUCGUUUUCCAGAUUUGGUCGGAACACAGACGAAAUAUUCUCGAAAUCCUCGGAAACGAGUGCGCAAAAAUGAUAGAAAAUAAAGUCAACGCUUACGACAACGAUGGCGACGACGACGCGCAAAGUAUCGGGAAAACGGCAUGGUUGAACGUGUUGGAAGCCGUAUCGACUUCGUGCGAAUUGACGAAAGAUGAAGUAGACGGCAACCGUUCCAUGCUUUUACAAAUGUUGUCACAUUUCAAAGCGUCCCGGGAUUUCGGAAACCCCAUCGCAAAGCGCGUCGUUUUCGCCAUGAAUAGAUUAUUUGUCAAGUCGAAUUUCUUUGAAGGAAAGAAAGAAGCGAAGCGUCUCAUGAAAGAGAUUUACGCGAAUGGGAACGAGUUUGACGAGGAGGACGAAUCGAUGAUGCCGGUAUUAAGUUUGCUCGACGCCGAAAAAAGCAUCAAGACGAGCAGCGCUUUAAGAAUCAUCGACGUUAUAUUAGAAGGAGACGUAGCGGCCAAGUUAGAACUAGAGGACGUUAAAAGUGACGCGAUCGAAACGUUGUGUGCGUCGCUGAAGAGAAUUGCGCCUCCUACCGAUGCGGAGGCGUUGAAUUCAUCAUCCUUGAUUUCAAAAUGCGGAAAAUUCGCGAUGCAAUCCCUUCAGAAAUAUUGGUCUGGUCUUGAUUUCAGUCGUGAAGGUAGAACUGCAGACCAAGUUGACGCCGGGAGUGCUAAUACUGCCAUAGAUGAAGUGCGCAUGGCGUUCAAACUUCUUCUUGCUUCGCUAGAAGCUUCUUUCAAUACCGCUACCGCGUGCGAUACGAGUGCAUCGAAGAUGAAUUAUCUUUCAUCAUUCAUCACGAAUUCUAUGGACUCGCACAUCCUCGCCCAAGGUGCCCGAGAGGCUGUGCAAACGGUUCUUCUUGCGCAACGUGAUCCUCGCGAUAGAUACAACGUUGAGAAAACUGAACAGAAAAAGCUGCAAAUGAUUGAAAUAGCUGGAAAGAUGUACCCAAUUGGAAGUCUAGUUGCGACGUUAUCGUAUGGUAUGUAUCACCAAAUGAAGCGUUACGAGCUUCAUCAAUUAAACGAGGAGUGGGGUCUUGAUAAAGACUGGUUUACUCUCGUCCCCGACAUUGUCCGAUUGAUGGAGUUUCUAUUGCCUUUAGCCAUGCGAGAGUCCUCGGAUUUGUGGCUGCACCAAAUUGUUCGAAGCGGGGUGAUUUUGAACGACCAGAUUUUAACCAGACAUAUGGAAGACAUCGAAGAUCGUUCGGUUUCAUCGAUGACAUCGAUGAUGAUCAAGUUUGAAAAGCUCGAAUUCGGGUCAGCUGAGUGUAUUCUGACAGUUUCACAGAUGUUAUCCCAGAUUGGAAGUAGUACGAGCAUUGCGAGCAAAGACGUCCGAACGAAAAUAUCAGCGUUGAAAAUACUCGCCAAAUCGCUCGUCUCAGAAUUACCACUGCUGCCGUCUUGGGACGAACUCAGCUCGUCGUCCUCUUCAAACAAGAGAAACAACAGGAUUUCGGUCGUGGACGCAGUAGUCGAGUCUGCUUCGGCUUUGGGAGAAACAGUUGAAAUUUUUAUACCUUUCGUCGUAAAUGAAUGGAAAAAAUUGAAAGAGGAAGAAGUAGGCGACAACGACGACGAUAAAAGUGCAUCAUCAUCGCUUUUACGAGACAUCAAAUUUUUAGCAGAAUCACUUUUCAUCGCGUCUAAGUAUUGCUUGGAGUGCUGCCAGCGGGCGGCGUCAUUCUUGACCAAUUCGGAAAAGAAAAAAGGAGAUUUGUCAGCCAUCGUUUUAUCCGGAGCUCGAUUGCAUUACGCGACUGGUGGUAUUUUAGAAUUCUUUCAAGAAGAAGUAAUGGAAGCUAUUCCAGUUCAAAAUUUCGAAACGUUAGAGCUUAGUAGGCGUGCGUUUAUGGCACAGUGCGCGGCGGUACACGCGAACUUGAAAGCUUUGAAGAAAAUGAAACUCCUCGAUCGCAGUCUCAUAACUCUUCUCUACGCAUUAAAAGUCCAUAAAAACACAUCCAUAACGGAUCAACAAACAACUGGUGUUGAAAAUACAGAAGAAGAUGUGGAUGAUAAAGCUAUAAACGAAAGAAAAAGGAAGUAUGGCCUUUCCAUUUACACUUCCACGACGCAAGUGAAAGAUGCGCAACAACAGCAGAACGACAGAAGUAACCUUCUCGACGGAGGAAAAGAGUCUGGAGAAGUUGGGGAUGGAGCGGGAGAGGGAGAAGGUAAGAAGAACGAAGCCAACGAUGACGGCGACGACGAGAGCCAGCAACAAAACAGAAAGAAAGUACUGCGAAAGAGGCGUUCGAAGAAGCGUCGAAAUCGUUUCAACAAUCCGUAUUUGGAGGCUGUUCGGGAACACGAAGGCGACGAUUCGGGCGACGACGAUGACGACGACCUGGCCGAUUUUAUCGUUUGUAAACCUGGAAGGGAUUACAGACAAGUCUUUGGAUUAACAUGA